UACUGACUCCGCCGGAAACGCAUUUACACCUCCCACUGCUCCCCUUCCGGUCUCGGAUCCGCUCAGGGGCUCCGAACACAACCUUACGGUUUUAUCAGAGCGUCAUGUGAUACAGCCCCCACACCUUCAUCAUCAUCAUCAUCAUCAUCACCUUCAAGAGAUCAUGCUGGAGCGAUGAGAGACUCGGAAGCUGAACUCGACUGAACUCACGGCUUUGUCUCACGCGUCUGAGAGAGCGAGCGAAGAGCGAGUGAAAAACCAAGCGAGAAGAAGAGGCGAGAGACUGGAAGGAGGCGCUUGGUUGGAACAGAAAAGGCUGGAUGCCAGCAUCCAUCGGCUCCAGCAGCUCCCAGGUGCCUCAGACAUGGCCUCCAACUUCAACGACAUCGUCAAGCAGGGCUACGUCCGGAUGCGGAGCAGGAAGCUGGGGAUCUAUCGGCGCUGCUGGCUCGUGUUUAAGAAGUCCUCCAGUAAAGGGCCACGCCGGUUGGAAAAGUACCCUGAUGAGAAAUCGGCCUACAUCAGAGCCUGUCCGAAGGUGACGGAGAUCAGUAACGUUAAAAACGUGACGAGACUCCCGCGGGACACCAAGCGGCAGGCCGUAGCCAUCGUCUUCACUGAUGACACGUCACGCACGUUCACCUGCGAGUCAGAGUUGGAUGCUGAGGAGUGGUUUAAGACCCUGACCAUUGAGUGUUUGGGUACACGGCUGAACGACAUCAGUUUAGGAGAACCGGACCUUCUGGCAGCUGGAGUUCAGUGUGAGCACACGGAACGUUUUAACGUGUUUCUGCUGCCGUGUCCCAACCUGGACAUCUACGGAGAGUGCAUGAUGCAGAUCACCCACGAGAACAUCUACUUAUGGGACAUCCAUAAUCCUCGCACAAAGCUGGUCACGUGGCCGCUCUGCUCGCUGCGCCGCUACGGCCGGGACGCCACCCGCUUCACCUUCGAGGCUGGCAGAAUGUGUGACAGUGGUGAAGGUCUGUACACGUUCCAGACACGAGAAGGUGAGCAGAUCUACCAAAGGGUUCACUCUUCCACACUGGCCAUCGCCGAGCAGCACAAGAAGGUUCUCAUGGAGAUGGAGAAGAACAGCAGGCUAUUAUCCAAAGGCUCAGAUCCAGACUCCUUCCCCUGCACACCCACAGCCAUCCUGCCUCGCAGUGCCUUCUGGCACCACAUCACAGGAUCACAGGGGGCCAUGGACUCGAGUAACGGUGAGAUGUUCACGGCGUCUCAGUCAGGAGCCGAAUCGGACCUGUUCUCCACAGAGCACCACAAACGCCCAGCGCACUUCUCCACUUAACCCGGCCAACGAGCAGCUUCACAGACUCACCUUCAGGUCUCGGGCCUGAACCUUCCUCCACACCGUCCU